ACACAGGAACCUUUACCAGAGGGCCACUGAACACACAGGAACCUUUACCAGGGCCACUGAACACACAGGAACCUUUACCAGGGCCACUAAACACACAGGAACCUUUACCAGAGCCACUGAACACACAGGAACCUUUACCAGAGCCACUGAACACACAGGAACCUUUACCAGGGCCACUAAACACACAGGAACCUUUACCAGAGCCACUGAACACACAGGAACCUUUACCAGAGCCACUGAACACACAGGAACCUUUACCAGAGCCACUGAACACACAGGAACCUUUACCAGAGCCACUGAACACACAGGAACCUUUACCAGGGCCACUGAACACACAGGAACCUUUACCAGGGCCACUAAACACACAGGAACCUUUACCAGAGCCACUGAACACACAGGAACCUUUACCAGGGCCACUAAACACACAGGAACCUUUACCAGAGCCACUGAACACACAGGAACCUUUACCAGAGCCACUGAACACACAGGAACCUUUACCAGGGCCACUGAACACACAGGCCAAUUUAUCAAGUAUCUUACCAAAACUCAAUACAGAACCAAUCAACGUUUAAGCAGGCCUGUUUCAUACAGUUUACCUCAAUUGUAUCACGCCUUCAACAGAGGUAAACUUCUGUAUACAACACAUACAAAGAGGAGAAUGUUGAGCCAGCAGAACAGAGAGGAGCUGGAGACCAGAGGUGUUACUGUUGUUGCUGACGUCAUACCCCACUCUGACUGUGAUCAAUAUCAAAAACUUUUCAGAAAAUGGACCAAAGGGUUUGGAAUGCAUGCAUGGCCUCAAACAAAGAACUCUCUAAUACAGAGGUACAGGUCAGGUCAUCUACAGCCAGCAUGGGAGGUUCGACUAGCUGCCAAGCCCGUGUUUGCACAGCUUUGGCAGACUGACAAACUUCUCAGCAGUCUAGACGCCAUAGCUAUAGGUCGACCUCCAGAGCAGGGGGAGGAGACCUUCUGGUCACCAGCGGACAACUGGGUGCACGUGGACCAGACAUCUGACCGCUUGGGAUUACAUGCCUAUCAGGGCGCCGUGUACUUGGAGGAGUGUGCAGAAGACGACUGGACCUUUGAAGUUCUGGAAGGUUCCCAUAAAUAUUUUGAUGAGUUCAUGGACAAAAAUCAAGUUUUGAGAUUAAAGCCCCAUCACUUGGAGUGGUUUGCAGAGAAAAACUGCCCACGCAGAAGAAUUCCAUGUCCUAAAGGUGGGAUGGUGCUGUGGGACUCUAGACUCUUCCAUGCCAAUGCCAGGCCCAUCCAAGGUCGCCCCAACCCCAGAAGGUGGCGCUACGUCGUGUUUGUGUGCAUGGCUCCAGCCUCCUGGGCCACGCCAUCAGAUUUACAGCUGAAACGUAAGGCGUAUGAGGAGCUGAAGCUGACCACACACUGGCCAUCACAGGGGGUGGCUAUUUUCUCAACACGAAUCAACAAGAAUGAAGUUGAGGACCCAAAUCUUCUACCUGAAUUACCAGAAGUGGCGCGAAGUGAUGAGGCUAAAAGGCUUGUUGGCAUUUUACCCUACCCAGAUGAUGGGAAGGAUGAGCCAGAUUUUCGUCCCAAGUGGGACAAAACCAAAGGAUUAGAUGAAGAAACAUUUAAUGAAGCUGGAAUGAGAAAGAAACCACCUUAUAAAGCAUAGAGGGAAUAAACUUAAUAAAAUGUUUUUGUACAAAUAUUACCAAAUUGUUGUGUGCAUAUUAUUUUACAAGUUCUGAGAGUAUGAAAUAAUUUUGAAGCUUGUUUUACACUGGAAUGUUUGCACAUCAAAUGAAGAUAUUCACCUAGAACUUUUGGCAACUUGCCCUCUGUAAAGGAAAUCUUUAGUUUUUUCAUAUGUUCACUAGCAUGAAUUCAAUAGUCGUAGGAUCUAGACCUACUGAAAUGUAUGAGUAGUAGGAUCUAGACUUACACGCAAUAAAGCACACAAUACUCGAUAGGAUUUAUUCCAAUUUAUUGAAAAUUUAAAAGAAACCAUCAAUUAUAAAAUAAAAACAUUUUUUUUUUUAUUUAAUUUUUCCUGACCAAACAAAAAAUCUGCCUCUGUGUUAGCUUACCAUACAAUGUAUCUCAAGUUAUAAAAUAAAAACAUUUUUUUUUUUAAUUUAAUUUCUCCUGACCUAACAAAAAAUCUGCCUGUGUGUACAAUGUAUCUCAAGUUAUAAAAUAAAAACAUUUUUUUUAAAUUUGAUUUCUCCUGACCUAACAAAAAAUCUGCCUGUGUGUUAGCUUACCCUACAAUGUAUCUCAAGUAAUAAAAUAAAAACAUUUUU